GCACCGGUGCGUCGCUGUUUACCGUCCGGCUUUGUUGCCUCUGUGCAUCGAUGUGUUGAUACAGAGGCGGCGGUUGUCAAAUACCCGUGGAGCAGUCCGCGACCCGGGACCCCUAACUGUCCUCCUCGGCUCCCAUGAGAGAGGACGGUGUCGGAACCCACUCUCGCUCGGACUCGACACCCCUCCAGCGGGAUGUAGCCCUUCGACCGGAGCACCGCUGAGCUGCUGCGAGCCAUGGACCGAGAGUCGUACCGCAGCUGCUGCGGCAGCCCGCUCAAGCCCCCCCGCCAGUCCUACGCGCAGUUCUGCUCCUCGCAUUUCGUGGACUACAUCGACAGAGAGCUCAGCUACUCCAAGUUCUUCAGGAGGUACCUUCUGCCCAACCACCCGUGCGUGUUUUCCAGACGCUUCACCGCAGAGUGGAAGUGCAGGAGGCGCUGGGUGACCGAGGAUGGCAAGCCCAACUUCCAAAAGCUGCUGCAGGAAUUCGGUGAGACUCCUGUCCCUGUUGCAAACUGCAACGCGAAGGAGUAUAACGCCAACCCCAAACAAGUCAUGCCGUUCAAAGACUUUAUACAGUACUGGAAGGAAUACAUACAGAACGGCCACUCCUCGCCCAAAGGAUGCCUCUACCUGAAGGACUGGCACAUGACCAGGGACUUUCCUCAACACCAUGUUUACAUCACCCCGGAUUUCUUUUCCUCCGACUGGCUGAACGAGUACUGGGAUGCUCUGGAGGUGGACGAUUACCGCUUCGUCUACAUGGGGCCGAAGGGAUCAUGGACGCCGUUCCACGCCGACGUGUUCCGCUCCUACAGCUGGUCUGCAAACAUCUGUGGGAGGAAGAAGUGGCUCCUCUACCCUCCGGGACAGGAGGACUUCCUGAGAGACACGCACGGAAACCUCGCCUACGACGUGACGUCGGCCGAGCUGCGGGACAAGAGCCUGUUCCCGCGCUCGGACGAGGCGUGUCAACCUCUGGAGAUCAUUCAGGAGGCCGGGGAGAUCAUCUUUGUGCCCAGCGGCUGGCACCAUCAAGUUUACAAUCUGGAGGACACCAUCUCCAUCAAUCACAACUGGCUCAACGGCUGCAACGUCGACAUCAUGUGGCAGUUCCUUCAGGACGAGCUGUCGUCGGUUCAGAAAGAGAUCGAGGAAUGGCGGAGCACCAUGGACUCGUGGCACCAGCACUGUCAGGUCGUGAGUCCAAGUUGCAUGGUGCUGUGUAUCGACACUAAUCCUGUCCCGGUUUUUGCCCAGGUGAUCAUGAAAGCCUGCUCCGGUAUCGACUACAGUGAGUUUGCCUCAUUCCUCAAAAUUGUUGCUGACAACCGCAUGGCUUUCCUCAACGCUCACUCGUCCGGAGAUCCACUGGACUACCCCCGCCACGUCUCCGAGACCAUCGCCCGCCUGGGUCCGUACCACGCCGCCUUCGACCUGCAGCGAGUCGCUUACAUCCUCGAGUGUCUGCUCUGCAACGAAGAUUUUAAAAGGCUCGAUCACUCCUCACUGACUUUGCAGCCGGAGACGAUGCUGCAGCAAAUCCGGGACACGAUUCAAUCCACCAGGGGGCAGCACCUCCUUUAUCAAGAGUGACGCGCUCGCUCGUUCGUCUGUGAAUUCAAUAAAUGUGCGA